GAGGAUGUGGUCUGGCCCCGCCAGGUACCUGAGGAGCCCUUUAUCCCGGUCCCUCUACGUGAACGUGAUGGGCAGCCGCGGCCAGCCCGCCCCGAGCGCCGGGGAGAACCACCAGUGGUAUGUCUGCAACACAGAACAGUUGUCUGAAUCCCUUCAGCCUAUUUUUGUCCAGAGUUACCUUGACCAAGGAACACAGAUCUUCCUAAUCAACAGCAUUGAGAAAUCAGGCUGGCUGUUUAUCCAGCUCUACCACUCCUUUGUGUCCUCGAUUUUUAGCCUCUUUAUGUCUAGAACAUCUAUCAAUGGGCUACUGGGAAGAGGCUCAAUGUUUGUGUUUUCCCCAGAACAAUUUCAAAGACUGCUUAAAAUAAAUCCAGAAUGGAAAUCCCACAGACUUCUUGAUUUAGGGGCUGGGGAUGGAGAAGUCACUAAAGUCAUGAGUCCGCACUUUGAAGAAAUCUAUGCCACUGAAUUGUCUGAAACAAUGAUAUGGCAGCUUCAGAAGAAGAAAUACAGGGUGCUGGGUAUAAAUGAAUGGCAAAACAUAGGAUUUCAGUAUGAUGUUAUCAGCUGUUUGAACUUGCUGGAUCGCUGUGAUCAGCCACUGACCGUAUUAAAAGAUAUUCGAAGUGUACUGGAGCCAACUAGAGGCAGAGUCAUUCUCGCAUUAGUUCUGCCAUUUCACCCAUAUGUGGAAAAUGUAGGUGGCAAGUGGGAAAAGCCCUCAGAAGUUUUGGAAAUCAAAGGGCACACUUGGGAAGAACAGGUGAAUAGCCUGCCAGAAGUGUUCAGUAAAGCUGGUUUUGCCAUAGAGGCUUUCACCAGACUGCCGUACUUAUGUGAAGGUGAUAUGUAUAAUGACUACUAUGUACUAGACGACGCUGUCUUCGUCCUCAAGCCUGUGUAAGCGUGUAUGAAGUAAAUCUCCAGAAUCUAUCCCAAGAAGCAGCCUCUGCAAGAGAGGUUUGAUUUACGGUUACUUAAAGGGAGGGAAUUCGGGGACUGCCAUGCUAAAUAAAUACCAUGUAAGAAAUUUAAAGGCCAAAAUACUAAUGUAUUUCUUUGUAGUGUGAUUAGGAAAAAAAAAAAGGUGUUUUUUUAAACAGACUCUUGAGUUGAUAAUUUCUUUUUUUACCAACUCUAAAACCAACAGUACAUUCUGCAAUCCAGCAGUAAUGGGGGAUAUUUUUUUAUACUUACCUGCAACAGGGAUCAGAUUCAAACAAAAGCAAUAGUCCUAAUAAUGAUGAAACUGAUAAAAUGUGAACAGUUCUUAAAGAAAUGAAGCAAAAUCUGGCAAUAAAGUUAUCCACUCAGUUCAGGCCUUGUUGAAUAUAAACUGUUGAAAUGGAUAUUCUUCCAUGCUAAGUUAACUUCUCUCUUGCUGUCAUUCUUCACAUGUUUUUAAUCAUGCUAAUAAACUUUUUUUGAGAUGA